UGUUCCCGUUGCCAAAUACAUGGUUUGCGCUUUUACUAGUCGUUCAAAUAUUACAUAAUGUUUGUUGUGAUUUAAAUAUACAAAAUGACAUAAAAAUUCUGAUGGGAUAUCCGCCAGACUCACUUGACAAUUUUACCGAAUUAGCAACAAAGUAUGGAUACGUAUCGGAAGAGCACACAGUAACGACUGAAGACGGCUACAUAUUGACUAUGUUUAGAAUAACCAAAGGAAAAAAUUGUAACGGACCUAUAAGGAAGCCUCCAGUAAUUCUGAUGCACGGACUGCUUAUGAGCUCGGACUGCUUCCUGGACGCCGGGCAGGACGCGGGCCUCGCCUACCUCAUAUCAGAUCUCUGUUACGACCUCUGGGUCCCCAAUGUACGAGGGAACUACUACUCAAAACGACACAUCGAUCUCGACCCAGCAACAGAUAACGAAUUCUGGGAUUUCUCCAAUUUGGAGUUUGGAUACUACGACGUACCCGCCUUCAUUGACUAUAUCCUCAGUAAAACCAAGUCUAAGAAGCUCAACUAUGUCGGAUUCUCCCAGGGUUGCAGCUCCUUUUCUAUAAUGAACGCUGAAAGACAGGAGUACAACGACAAAAUUGGAGUAGCGAUCCUUAUAGAGCCGAGCUCGAGGCAGACGAACAUGAGGUCGCAGUUAACCAGACUGCUGUUUUCUACCGCCGCCACCUCCCUGCCCGCGCUAACCAGCGUCGGCCACUGCGAGGUGCUGUCCCUGGGUGGCAUCGUCCAAGAGAUUGCGGCCUUCCUCUGCAAGGAUUACAUAGCGGCGAACACUCUUUGCAGGGUCGUGAUGUCAUCAAUCGACGCUUCUCACCCUGGCUCCGUGACGACGCAGACUAUGCGCGUGCUCUUUGGUCAUUUCCCCGCGGGCACGUCUACAAAAAACCUAGCUUGGUACGGCCAGGGUCUCAACACAAACACAUUUCAGAAUUUUGACUAUGGCGUCGAGGAAAACUUGCAAAUCUACGGGAGCGAUCAACCUCCUCCUUACAAUCUCAGUCAGGUGACGGUGCCCAUUGUAAUCAUUAACGGGAACAAUGACGGUCUGGCGACUCCUGCCGACGUCGACUGGCUGACCAGCAAGUUGCCAAACGUGUUGGAGCACUUCUUAGUACAGGAUCCGCUAUGGGAUCACCUUGACGUGGUAUAUAGUCAAUAUACUAGGAAAAGUAUAUUACCUAAGAUAUCACAAUAUUUGCGAAGUUAUAGCACAUAUACAUAGAGAUAAUUAUGUUACAUCUUUUCUAUUUUGUACCUUAUUGGAAUUGUGUCUUAUAGUCUAGUCUUUAGUUAUUAUUGUAUACGUAUGCGUAUAAACUAUGCACGUAAAGGAACGCCGGCUGC